GGGCAGCACAAAUCCAAAAUACACCACUGAUUGCAACAAACGUGGAAACAAGCCUGUGACAGUAGUAACCAUCAUCAGAAGCCUGAGAUGAACACUAUGUGUAGGACCCGGGACGAUCCCUAUUUCUAUAAAAAAUGCAGAAUAAAUAACGGUUCAGGCACUCCGGGAUAACAAAAAAUAGCAGCUUUAUUGGGGCUAAAACUGUAGCCAUUAUAGGUGCAGUGUGCGUAUUGUUUUAUUGUUAGAUGUUUUGUGUGCUCUCGGCUGGAGGAGUACAGGAGCUGGUCACAAAGCCCAUACUGAAUAUAUUUAUUAUUGUUUACAAACUGGUACAGGUGCAAUCACCAUGGAAACAACAAAUGGACAGGUCCCUGCAGAUUACUCCAUAAACUUGGAUUCUGCAGGAACAUUCUCCAUUUGUUUUCCCACUUUAUAAAUGGCCUCCUGCUUGCUGGCCCCCUUUUCAUGUUCAAUUGCAACAUAUUAGUGCACCUGUAAUGAAUAAAGAAAUAUAUUUUGUAAGCUGGUAGCUUAUUGGUCUAGAAUUCGUUCCAAAGUAAAAGCUUUUCUGAUUGGUUAACCAGCUGUCAAUCGUACAGUAGCGCCGCUAAUCACCGCCCGCGUGCGCCAGUAGACGUGCGUUCUGAUUUGUUGGUCACAGCGGAGCUCCGCCUUGCCCAACGACAAGGUUGCGUUUCUGAUUGGCUGAGCGUUAUCCUGUCUAGCCCCGAGCCUUUAGCCCCGCCUCCAACUGAAGCUCAGGCAGGUAACUGCAAAGUGUUAGUGCGGUUACAUCGCCCGGCGGAACCAUGAAGCACCAUGAGGUAAGGGAGAGCGCUCGCCGCGUGAUUACUGACAGCGAAUAAAGGGGGCUCCCGCUCCGCGCGUGCCUGGGGAAGGGGGAAAACCCCGCCGCUGCUAAUUGGUUUAGUCCAGCCAGUCUUAAAGCUUAAAUGAACGAGAGUGGAUUCCAAGUGCACGGGAGCCUCGCAGGGACAAACUGCAUGAUAAGGCGAAGCGGUGACAGCUGGGAAUUGGCAAGAGACAGGGCAUGGCAGAGGGAAUGUCAGAGUGUGAGUGAUGGUGACAUGUGAGCAGAGAGUGACUGGACUGACAAACCCUCCCCCUUCUAUGUAUUACAGACAGCAUUAGCAAAGGACUGGAUCUAUUUAAAAAAAUAAAAUAAGAAUAGUGUGUUUGUAUAAUAAUAAUAUUAGUAUUUCUGUAGAUAGAGAGAACCAGACCCUCUUAGAAUAGUGUUUUGAUUAAAGUGACCACACAGGCCCACCAUGUUCCCUUCUAUGCAUGGUGAAAUGGAAAUGGCUUACCUGUAUGUAGUACAUGGGGUUUACUUGUUGCAGAGAGGAAAUAACAUACCUCAUCAAUGUAGUUCCUUUGGGAUUCCUUUUGGAAUUAUACAGGUUUUUCCCUUCUUCUUGAUGCACUGGAAUUCAGGAUUCUACAGGGCAGCACUUUUCCUGUACGACUUCCCAGACGGUUGAGGUGAUAUGCGACUUGUACAAACGUGGACACUCUGGUAACACGGUUAUCAGUAUUCUUAGGUCUGCACCGUAGAACUACAAGUAUUAAAAUAACCAAUCAGUUAGGAAGUCUCAUACGAAGACUUGUAUUGGGUACGUCAAACACAAAAUGCUUACCGUAUGUUUAAACCAGACUUGAAAUCCCAUUGACACCAUUCUAUGAGGUGUUGUAUUAGCUACAGGAGAACAAAAUGUCAGAAUUAGUAGACUUAAAUAGGAAAUUUGUUGAAACCAACAGCCCUAUUGCAAAGAUGCUAAUUGGAUCUUGUAUAUAUAUUUCUAGCAGGGUUCAUCUCUAAGUAGGGUUACCAUAGCCAUCAUGUUUUCAGGGGCACUUAUGAAGUAUACAUAUUGAUGGGCGGCCCAUGUGAGGGCUUGCCCUGUAGUAUGUAUAAUUCAUAACAUGUAAGUAACUAGGUAACUAAGAAUCCUGCAGAAUAUGCAUUAUACAUACUGCAGGGCAACCAUUUUCAGAAAUAUCACAAACACAUGGCUCUAUUCAUUCCAACAUAUGUUUGGACACCUGUUGACUGUCUGUGUGUCAUGGAAAUCAGUUGACCUUAGUUUUAGGGAAGCAGCCAUAAAACUGUAAUGGAAUCCUCCAAGCACCAUAACCAUGCCCUGGCACCAUUUGCCAACUUAGCUGGAGCUUGAUGAAUGCUGUUCACUUUAAUGAGAGCUAAAAACGCCAGCACAGAGCUUACGUUGGCUGUCUGAGCCCAACACCACUUUGCUUAGCUCAUUCUAGAGCGCUUGAAGGAGGUGAUUACUUACAUUUGGAGGGCAGUUCUGGCAAGAUAGCCACUACAGCACUCUGUAAUGGUAGUGGUGCUUGUAGUGUACCUUUAAGGAAAUACCUGUAUUGGUGGAUUAUAAUAUAGAAACACACACUGGUCUAUUAAGUAACCUAUGUUAUGAAUGUUAGCAAAUUAAGUCUAAAUGGUUAAACUGAGGCCAGAAUAGCCAUGUUUCAGUGAAUAUAACCUUGAAACAAAUACUGUCACAGUCCCAAGUCUCAAGAUAAGGGAUGCACUGCUUUUUUUUUUUUUUUUUUUUUCUCCUCCUCCUCCUCUUCUUGUGUUGCUCAUUUUGUAGUGCAUUAGUUAUCUGUAUUCUGAGAGAGAAAAGAUUGCAGAACAAGAAAAGUUGUAGUAUGAAAUGCAACCAUAAAGGCAACAAUUACAGAUUCUCCAUUACACCAUAGCUUGCUUAUUUUAUCAUGCAUUUAAAUUUGCUACAAAUCUGAGUUAAGUGAAUAACCCAGCCAUGUUAAAUUUAUCACAAAACACUGUAAUAAGUCUCUAAAAUGAUGAUAUAGCAACUUUUUUUUUUGUAGAAGUCCUUAAAUGUAAAAUCUUCCAUUUGACUAUAUUAUAGUUUUGUUGUAAUUUCAUCGUAAACGAGAGAAGAUAAAGACAAAAGUAGUGGGUACUCUAUGUUGACAAAAUGUUAAAGGGUUACUCCAACUACCAUGACCACUUCAGUUAUUUGAAGUGGUAGGUGCAGUGUUUCAACUAGUUUCACACUUCUAGUUGGGGCUCACUAAAACACUGGGACACACGACAUUUAGGUUUAAUGUUAGAUUUAGGGGUAAUUUUUAGAGAUUAAAGGACCACUUCAGCUUAAUGAAGUGGUCUGGGUGCCAGGUCCUUCUAGGGUUAACCCAUUUUUUUUUAUAAACAUAGCAGUUUCAGAGAAACUGCUAUGUUUAUGAAUGGGUUAAGCCUUCCCCUAUUUCCUCUAGUGGCUGUCUCAUUGACAGCCACUAGAGGCGCUUGCGUGCUUCUCACCGUGAUUUUCACAGUGAGAGCACGCCAGCGUCCAUAGGAAAGCAUUGUAAAUGCUUUCCUAUGCGACGGGCUGAAUGCGCGCGCAGCUCUUGCCGCGCGUGCGCAUUCAGCCCAGGAGGAGGAGAGGAGGCAGAGAGCUCCCCGCCCAGCGCUGGAAAAAGGUAAGUUUUUAACCCUUUCCCCUUUCCAGAGCCGGGCGGGAGGGGGUCCCUGAGGGUGGGGGCACCCUCAGGGCACUAUAGUGCCAGGAAAACGAGUGUUUUCCUGGCACUAUAGUGGUCCUUUAAUGUCACUAGGGGAAAAACAAACAUUAUUCUUACUCCUAUUUGUUAGCAAUUACCUAACCCUAAUUUUAUCGCUCACUUAACCCUAUAUAUCCGAUGUGUCUGUCCUUUAGUUAAAAGGGACACUAUAGUCACCCAGACCACUUCAGCUCAAUGAAGUGGUCUGGGUGCCAGGUCCCUCAGGUUUUAACCUUUCAGAUGCAAACAUAGCAGUUUCAGAGAAACUGCUAUUUUUACAUUUGGGGUUAAUCCAGCCUCUAGUGGCUGUCUUCCGGACAGCCACUAGAAGCGCAUCUGCGUAGAGCGUCCAUUGGAAAGCAUUGAGAAAUGCUUUCCUAUGGACACUUUGAAUGCGCGCGCGGCACUUGCCGCGCAUGCACAUUCCGCUCAAGUGCUGUCGGACGGGGAGGAGAGGUCACCAGCGCCGAGGGAGCCCGGCGCCAGGGGAGGGGGACCCUGAGGGUGGGGGCACCCUCAGGGCACUAUAGUGUCAGGAAAACUGCUUUGUUUUUCUGACACUAUAGUGAUCCUUUAAUGCACCAACUAUAAGGUACCUCUACAUGCACUUAGAAGAAGUGCGUGCUGGGGCAGUAACACUCUGAUGGGUAACAGGGGAACUUUUUUUUUUUUUCUGUCCCUUAAUCCUUUGUGUAGACCUCUAGGCAGAGAAAUGAUUGAUGGGGACCAAAUAUUUAAAGAGCAUUACAUUAAAAUCUACACUUGCUAGCAUGCUGUAUAGAUGAAAUGUAUGUUCUUUACUGUGAACUCAAGUUAUUUGAAGGUUUAAACAAACUACUUUUAACCAGUGUUUACUGUAAGCAUUAUUUUGUAAGUGGUGCAGAACUGAAACUGUUACAUCUUUAAAUAACUGCACUCCCAGUUUGCAUUGGAACAAGUUAUUUUAGUGCAAAUUAUAAAAGGUGUAGUUUUAUACCAUCAGACUUAUUCACUCAAGUGAGAAUUCAAGGAGAAUUUCAGACCUAAAGCCAGAUUAGUCGAACUGAAAGAAUAGUUGACUUACAGUAUUUUUUUACUUUGGCUAUUUUGACCUUACAUUUGAAAUUCAUUUUGAGUAAUCAUUUUAACUGUUUUUUAUAGUCCACGCAAGCCCAAACGCCUUUUCUCCAAGGAAAUAUCCCAAACUGCUGAAUAGUAAACGACAAUAUCAUGGUUAUUCAUGAACAGGUAACAUUUUUCACUGAAGUCUGGAUUGUAGUGAAUGUCCAAAUUUAGGUAAAAAUAGCUGAUCUGGAAUAAUUCUCCAAUUCCUCUACAGUCACAACUUUGGAAAUCAUUUCAAUUCACUACACCUCAGAUUUCAUAAUUAGACCCAAGUGUUAUUUGCUAAUAAUUUUCAGGAAUUCAAAGUUAAUUUCGAAAGUUUAGAAACUGCAAGUCUAUGUUCUUUGUUUGGCUACUUCAGGAUAAUAUUCACUUUUUGGAUACAUUAGUAAAUAAUUAGUAAAAGGAAUAUCUGGCUGUGUUCAUGGAAGUAGAAUUGGGAAAUAAGUGGGCUUGUAGUUGUUGAGCUAAUAGAGUGCGCAGAAUUAAAGCCCUGGCAUGACCGCUACUUGAAUGCAUACAUUAGAGUACGGUAGUUCAGUGUAAAGAAGUUCCUGGUUAUGGCUGCUAGGUCCAUAGAAGUUCCCUGUAUAUGUAUUUUUAUUUAUUUUUUUAAUUUCCCUCCCCCAACUGUAGUGGCCUGUAUAUGAAUGGUGCUCCUCUGCAAUAUAUAUGGAUUUAUCUUCACUUAAUGAAAAGAUGAGCUAACUUUGGCAUCUAAAUAUUACCUUCUGCAGUGAAGCACUUUUCAUGCUCUGCCCAUCAAUACAUGUAAGUGAUAUAUGUCCAGAAAAACACUGAUCUGACAGUCCGGUGCAAGCAAUAGCUCCUGAUUCAAGCUAUGGGUGAGAGAUUUAAUGGAUGCAGAAACUAAUUGUUUAGCUUUACCUCUUCCCUAGCCAAUUUCUCUAAAAUUGGAGCGUUAAUUUUAACGUUAAAUAUUAAACGUUUUAAUAUCGAAUGUUAAAAAAAAGGCAUUAGGCAGAUUUUAUUGCAGUGUCAAUUUCUAUAGUACAGCGACUGUUAAAUAUUUUUGGUUUGCAAUUUAGUUCUUCCUAUCAUUUAAUAAAAGCUUUGUACUGCCCUUUUUCUAAAGUUCAUUGACUGGGAUACUGGCAGUGAUUAAAAGUAGUACGCCCAACCUGUCGCUGAAAAAGAGUGCCUCAGGCCAUCAUUGUAAGCAAGCAAUCAAUACUUACUUUUUGAUCAGGAUUCCGUCCCUCUGUGCGGCGGCUUCUUGUCGUCUUUCUUUUUCUCUGCCGUUGUAAAUGUUGUCUCAUCCAGUAGCAGGUUGUUGCGCAACGUUGUUAACACCCUGUUGAAUUUGUGGUGUGCAAGGCAUUUGGAGUUAUUGGCAGUUCUGGGCAGUUACCACACGCCUACCAAGGCAUCACAUGCACAUUUAUCGCUCGUAAUUUGGGGUUUGAGUCUUUCACUGUGGGACUUAUCACCUGUCCAGACAGGAACUUGUAAAAUGCUGUCCAUAAUUAACCUUUCCAAAAGGUUGAACCCUUUCCAGCUUAAAAAAUAAAUCACCAAUUAACCCAAUAUCUUUCCAUUUAACCCUUACCUUAUAAAUCAACAGUGUGUUUUCCAAUUCCCCUAUCAAUCGCUCAUUCAUCCAAGUUCCUUACAAAUAAAGCGUUUUUACAUAAUCCUUAUGUAAUCAGACCUGCAGCUUGGGGCCAAAAUGAAUGCUUCCCUUCCACAAUCAACAAAGCAUGGCUCAAUUUACAAAUUCCCUUGCAAUAUGCAGAGCAUUGAUCAGUUAACACUUCCAGUCCAGCAGAGAGCCCUGUUCUGAAGCAGACACGUAGAUCAUUAAUUUAUCAGCACUGCUACUGCAAAGUGCUAAAGCGUAAAAUAAUAUUUCCAGACUUGAAGCAAGCUAAUAAGUCGGCUCCCUUUGUGCUUCACCAGCACAUCGCUACGCUAAAAAGUUUAUUGCUUCUGCCUGUUUGCAGAGUAUCCAUAAUCUGAGCUCCCACAGCUGUCACAGGGAGGCGGUGCUCCCCUGAAAAUUACUGAAGCCACCCUCUGCUGAGUAGUAAUUCACUUUGGGAUUUGCUCUGAUAUAAUUUGCCCAAUUACGAUUUGCUCCGAAAGGAGCAAAGUGCCACAGCGCAGGGUUUAAUGGAACCGUCACCUGCAGAGUUAAUAACUGGAAGAGGUUAAUGAUCCAUUGCACUGCAGAUCCCAACACUUCUAUGCAUACUUCUUCAGAGCUGCAUCCCAAACUUAAGUGUUCUCUUGGUCUGUCAGUGUGUGUGGAUGUCUCAAGCAAUAUGUGCGUACUUCUGCUCUCCCUAUGGAAGCUUGCCUGGGCUGUAGCAGUGGAGGUGCCGUCUAUUUUUAGUGUUGGGACUGAGCCCAGAUAUUUGCUGAUAUCCAUGAAUACCAAGAGACAGCUUGGGAGGUGUAGAGAGACAUCCCGGGUGCAGCCAGGAUAAGGAGAGGGAUAAGGGGAUUGAGAAGAAAUGCAGUACCUUUAUUUGGGAGGGGAGAGUAGCCCCAGGCAGGGAACUAAGGCAUGAGCGCAGGUCUUCUAAAUGGGGAACAGUAGAAGAGGAUACCUGUAAUGUAUAUACCUCUCGGCUAGCAGCAGGUGGGAAGGUUGGAAGAAUGGGCUGUCGGGGGUCUUUACAGUCAUUUUGCAGAUUUAAGACUCACUUGGGUGGGUUUCACCGAGUUGGGGUCUCCGUGUGUGGCAUGUUUGCUAGGCUCAGCAGAUACAAAAUGCCUGGUGUGGAGUCUCAGGUCUGUGUGUUGGGUCUCAUUUCUUGGUGGGUGGGAGUCUCGGGAAGUACGAACUGACAGAUGUGAAAGAGACUAGUGAGUGAUAAAUAUAGUGUCCUUCUUCAUAUUACAUCUGGGGAGCAAGGGACACCGAGAAAGAGGGGGGGAAGUUAGAGACUUGGGGGGAACAGAGUAAAUCGGACAGGGACAGAGUGGCUGGCUAUAGACCGUAGGGAAAGAUUGAGAUUAGAGUGCUGAGAGAGACCAGUUUCACACAAGACAGUUUGUAUAGUGAGUGAUUGCAUCAUAAACUUCAGAAAGUGACUCCGAUAUAGAGACACUGGCUUUCUGAGAGAGUGCAAAGAUAAAGGUAGUAGGGGGCAGAAGUAGGGGCAAAGAGUGACAUCCUGUACUGUCAGACUGCAAGGAAUGUAAUUCACUUGUCAUAGAGACAGGUUCUUAGGAGGACACAGUGUUGACAGAGUGAGGUUGAGCAGACAGGAAGAAUGCUGAUAUUGCAGUAGGUCUCCGGAAAACAAGUCAAUAAGAAAACUUAUACAGUAAAAGUGCUGAAGAGAAAAACAGCUUUAAGACAGUCCUUUGCAGACAUAGCCCUCUGUGUGUGUUUGUGUGUGUGUGUAUUUGAGGGGAACCUUGAACCAUUUGAAGGCGUUGGAGAUAAUCUGAUUUUAUACAAGAACCCAUAGAAAUUAAUUCUGCAGCCAUGGAUAUGAACUCUGUGCUCACGGAAUUGCGCCAGCCUGCCAAAGCGUCAACAGAGCAAGGCACCAAGCGUUCAGCCCCAAAACCUGCUAAAAAAGCUAAACGUGCUACUGUUUAUUUUGAGGUGGAGAUCCUGGAUGCCAAGACUCGGGAGAAGCUGUGUUUCCUGGACAAGGUAAGAACAUAUAUUGGAUUAGAGAAUUCUGGGGCGGAGGCCACUAAAUAAGACCCCUGUUUAAGUGAAGGGAGGGGCCUGGAAAGGAGCCACAGGGGGUUAAGAGAUGAAAAGGAACUCUUCAGCUGUUGAGAGACUUCAACUCUCAACAUACUUUACUCUGCAGCUUAGGCUGAUGGGAGUUGUAGUCCAAAAGAUGGAAGGUGUGAAAUUGCUCAUCCUAGGUGUUAGAGGAAUCCAUACUGUGACACCAAAUUGGCUUUAUGUGCUGUUAACCCACCCAGUUACCAACAGGUUCAUUCUCUGAAGUGGGAAUUCAGAGGUGUUCUCAUGUUUUAGAACAGAACCGCCACAUUGGAAUCAAUGCUGCUAGUAGAUCUCUUUUUUCAGUUGGCUGUUUUUGCCUACCAUUAGAAAUUCUAUUGUAAUUCAUUUUGAAUUCCGAACAAUUUACACUUUCCUGAAUAUGACAAUUGGUUACUCACUAAGCAGUGAAUUGACAGGUUUCAAAUCUAAAUGGAAAUAAAUAUAUUCCAAUAUUAUCUAAUAAUUUAAUUUAACAACUGUGAAACUUACUCUUCAGUUGUAUAAAUUCUCUUAAAAGCUAAAAACAUUUUUCACUUUGUCCCCCCUCCUUAUAAUGGCAGUUAAAAUGACCGCACUAUGCAACUGGGACUCUGUUUUAAAGAGACUCUAUAGGGUCAGGAACACAACCAUGCAUUCCUGACCCUAUAGUGUUAAUAUCACUAUCCAGCCGCCCUUCCACCUAAAUAUAGUAUCCUCUUAACUUUUAUUCUAGUCUGCUGGUGCUGGCUCAGCCCCUGAUCUGCCUUCUUGGCUGACAUGAUCAGAAGUUGAUCUUAGCCAAUCACAAUUCUUUCCCAUGGUAAAGCAUUGGAUUGACUGAGAUCUUCAAUUCUGAUGAUCUCAGCAAAGGAGGUGGGACAGGGGUGCAGCCAAAUGCCACCCUGACCAAUCAGCAUCUCUUCAUAGAAAUGCAUUGAAUCAGUAUAUCUCUGUGAGGAAAGUUAUGUCUCUUCAGAGCGUGGAGGCGCUGAACGUACUGACACAGGAAGCACCUCUAGUGGCAGUCUGGGGACUGGCCACUAGAGGUGUUCCUAGGCUGCAGUGUAAACGCUGCCUAGGCCGGUCUAUACGAUGGUAUAGACACCCGAACAACUACAUUAAGCUGUAGUUAUUCUGGCGACUAUAGUUUCCCUUUAAGUAGGGGGUGUAACCAUUUCAUCUCAUUGAAUUGGUUAUUGUGCUUGAAGCGGUGGCACUUUUCCACUCUUUAGUGUUAAACCAUUCAACAAACUGUUUUACAAUGAAUUAGGACCCCAGGCCACUCAGAGCCCAGCCUUACUAGAGAUAUGGUUAGGUCUGACAUUGCACACUUCCUUAACCAAUGAAUUCCAGCAACAGGCAGCAGUGAUAGACCUAAAGUGGUCAGCUCUCCAUUUAAUGCUUUCUCAUUUGUCAAAAGAGCCCCGUUGGUGAUGGGCUGAUGGGGACUAAUUUAGCAUUAAAAAUUGUUCAACACUGAAUUGAAAGAUGGCACCAGGGAACUCCAGACACUAGAGCCCCUUCAGUGAGAUGUAGCUAAUAGUCUCCCAUUAAGAUGAAGCUUUGUACCAGUGAGGACUUACGUUUGUGAUCUGGCUGAGCAUCAUGGGAAAAGUUAUCCUGAGAUCAUGUUUCUCUUUUUAUUCUCUGCUCAUGACGCUUAAAUGGGAGCUCUGCUAACUUCUUAACAGUGGUGUAGUAGAAUGAUGGGUUUUUGGUACUUUUUGAACAUAGAUAUUUUUGUUUUCUUUUGUAUUUUUUUAGGUGGAGCCCAAUGCAACCAUUACAGACAUUAAGAAUAUGUUCACAAAAUUCCGUAGGUAUUCAUGAUGGGAACUAACCUGUUUCUAUGGAUGGUUUUAAUAAUGAAGUGACAAAUAAAAAAUAAUCUCAAGACCAAUGCAAAAUAUAAGAUAAAUUAGCAGAGUUGGAAGAAUUGUUCAAAUGGGAUAUUUUGACUUCUAUCCUUACUUGUUUUCCUGACACUAUAUGUCCCUUAGUUCCCCCCACCCUCACGGUCCCCCUCCCGCUGAGCUGAAGGGGUUAAAACCCCUUCAGCCACUUACCUUUAACCAGCGCUGGGCUCCCUCGGCGCUGGUUACCUCUCCUCCCCCUAACGACGUGAGCUCCCGAGUGGAGCAAGCGAUGCGCACACAUUCAAACAGUCCUUAGGAAAGCAUUUCUCAAUGCUUUUCUUAUGGACGUUCUGCACGCUGAACGCGAUUUUCGCAUCCAGCGUUGCAGAAGCACCUCUAGCGGCUGUCAGGAAGACAGCCACUAGAGGCUGGAUUAACCCUGCAAUGUAAACAUAGCAGUUUCUCUGAAACUGCAAUGUUUACAUAUGAAUGGUUAAAACCUGGGGGACCUGGCACCCAGACCACUUCACUUCAUUGAGCUGACGUGGUCUGGGUGACUAUAGUGUCCCUUUAAUGUAGUGAUUCUGGUACAAUAAGUGUGCCCUGGCAGCCUCUGAAAUACAAACACAGCCUUUUCUGAGAAAAAGCUGUGAUUGCAUUGCUAGCCAGGAACACCUCUAGUAGCUGGAAUUGAUACAUGUUUUCCGGUGCAUUCCCACAAGCUUUGCAGGACUGACGUUUUGGCGUGUUUGCGCUCAGCAUGAAGACGCCGAUCUCUCCCCACAGAAAUGCAUUGAUCCAUCAAUUACCAUGCACUAGUCUCCCCAAUUCCUAAGAAUGGUAAGUAAUACGAUGUCUUAAUUUUAGGCAGGGAGGGGUAUGGAGGCGUGGUGAUGAUUCAAUAAUCUAAAUUGCAAAACAUCUAACGUUAGGAACACAAAUCUGUAUUUCUAACAUUCAAGUGUUAAUUUAAUCAAAUACCAAAAGAGAAUAUGUAAUUUACAUUUAAUAUUUAUUUUAAAUCUUGUUCUAGACCCCCAGUGGUACCCUGCCAGACAGUCCCUGCGUCUCGAUCCCAGUAAGUAGUAGCAUAAUGGAUAUUGGUUUUUAAGAAGGCUAAGCAGUCAAUGUCUGUUUACCAAUUGUGUUUAAAAAGUAUCAGCGAGUAUUUAACAAGGUAAUGUUUAGUGUGUAUCUGUUUACUUUAAAGGGACAUGUGACAAACUUACUGUAUAAAUGUCAUCACUCGUUAUUAGAAACAGCAGGUUUUAUGUAUUUAAAAUUUUGUCAAUAUUAAAGCAGGAUCCCCACACAUCAAUAAUAUAAAAGAAAUGCAUAUUAAAGUUAGUUACUUACAAUAUUUAAGUUUUUAAAUUUUUAUUUGUCAUACAAUACCUUGUUAAAAUACCAUUAGAGCUAUAAAAAUGUAAUACAUUCUAUUCUGGCCCCAUAUAAAGUGUACAAGCUGUCUGAUAUUCCAAAGCCUGACAGAUCAUGUGGUGUCUGGGUGCCGUAAAUUGUGGGGCCAUUUUAGCGGAGCAGAGAUUAGUCAGAGUUGUAGAUAAGUAGCCCUAAUGGCCAACAUCAACGGCCCACUCCAAAUGCUAGCCUUGAUUCAGUUGACACCCAAUCAUCUUGACCCCACCGACAUGCAGUGCAGAAAUGGGCUAUUAAAUUUAAUGUUUUUAGAAUGUACAAGCAGAUAUAGGAUAUCUGAAAUGGGACCUUGCAAGUUGUUUUUAAUUUGGUUUAGUAAGUCUCAUUUUCUGCUGCACCAACAAAUAGCCUUAUUUCGACCUGUGGGAAAUGAGGUGUAUGUGUGUGUUUUUUUUUUUUUUUUUUUUUUGGAAAGCAUACAUUGGAUUUUUUUUUUUUUGCUUUUAGUAGCCUCAAUACUAAAUUAAGUCCUAGCCCAGUGUCUGUGUGUACCCCUUAUUUAUAUUAAUGUUUCUGUGAUGUACACUGGGUAUGGUCUGUUUGUGACCAGUUAAUUAUUGGACCUUGUGUUGAGUGAUCUUUGUAUCUAACCUCUCCCUGUAUGUCACAGAGGGUCGAUCAUUGAAGGAUGAGGAUGUUCUACAAAAUCUGCCCGUGGGGACAACCGCAACUCUCUACUUCCGAGACCUGGGUGCACAGAUCAGCUGGGUGACUGUGAGUACACAAAAUAUAUCGAGAGAUAGCGAUAUAGCUCACUAAUAAAAAUGGAUGGAGAAUCCCAUAAAUAUCACCUAAAUUGCAGAAAAUCAAGAACCGAAAACGCAAAGAUCCUUCACAAUAAGAGAACAUAAUUCUGCAAAAAUGGGUUACGUGAAUAAAUCAUAGUAUUAGAGAGAGGAAAAAAAAGAUACUUCAAGCUGUUUUGACUGAAACAAAACCUGAUUUCUGCAGAACCCAAUGACACCUUCCCACUGUUGACAGUAAAUUCUACUUUAAACCAAAAAAUAAAGUGCGCUGUGCCUUUAAGAAUUGUGCUUCUUGUGCCAAUACACUGUGAAAGUAUUAAAAUAUUAUACUUGCAAAUUUUGUAAAGUUCAACAUGAAAAGGAAAACGAGAUAUCUCUCUCUCUCUCUCUCGCACUUUUUUAUGUAAUAUUUGCACAGUAUUUUAGCAAUUAUUUUUUGCAAUAUUGAGGUUAUUGUAUUGCAUGUUUUGGGGUUUUUGUGGCGCACAAUUUUCAUUUGCAAUAUUGUGGUUAUUGCAUGAUAAAUUAUUGGCACAAUUCUUAAAGGCACAGCUCACUUUAUUUUUUUGGUUUGAUAUUUUCUCUAUUUUUUUUUUUUAUUUUUUAUUUUUUUUUAAAGCUAAAUACACUAAUAAGGUGCUGCUACUUAGUAUUGUAUAGAUUUUUUUUUUUUUUUUUUUUUUUUUUUUUUUUUUUUUUUUUUUUUUUUUUUUUUUUUUUUAUAUUUAUUUUAUUGUCUGCGCCAUUUUAUACUUGUAAAUUCUACUUCCUCGUUAUGGGGCCAAAAUAUAGUGGGAUUUGGCUCUGUAGUGCCAUUUCCCCAAGUGCUGCCAGAUUAAGACAGGAUCACAUCUUUGUACUUUUGUUGGCAGCUGAAGCGAUUUUACAAAAAUUGCAGGGACUGCACCCAUAGUCUGCUUGUACCAUGACCACAUAGAAAGCGCAUGUUAUUAAACAGCAUGGUCUUACAAACUAUUACCAUGUAAUAUUAGAUCACGAUUUAUCUAGAAACCUUCAUGGCUGAAGAACUGGAUCAAAAGAAUUACAGUUAUUCAAUAAACAUACCUGCUGGGUAUUCAUAAUGAAUAUCACAUUUAAGGUCAAAAUAGUCAUUUAAAAGAAAAAAUCAUUUAUGAUGGAUUUUAGUCCACUACUUUCAAUGCAAAUGAAAUUGCCUGUCUACUUUCAGACAGUUCACAGUUUAGCAAUGGUAAAUAGAUUGCAUUUUUGUAUGUUCUAUUUACUGCACUCUUUAAUGUUCAUAGACCAUAUGUAUUUAACAAAUUCUACAUUUCUGCUUAACCCCUUAAGGACACAUGACGUGUGGCAUGUUAUGAUUCCCUUUUAUUCCAGAAGUUUGAUCCUUAAGGGGGUUAAAGGAUUCUUGUAAAAUACAUAAUUGCUCUAAUCUGUUUAUUUGACAAGUGAUCAGAUGUGUAGAGGGGGAUUAAUCAAUGAACAAGAUCAUAAAGAAAGCUUGAGCAGACUGAGAAAUGUGUUAAUCACCGCAAUUAUCUCCAAUGGAGCAGCUGUAGGAUAUACCUGGAACAUGUCCAUUGAGUCAUUUUCCAUGAGCCUUGUUGAUAUAUUUGCAUUCAUGACUUAGACGGAGUAAAAUACAGUGACACAUUGAAGCUCCAUUAACCCCUUCCCGACCGAGGAUGGGAUUUUCCCAUUGAGGACCGAUGACGGUCCUGAACCGUCCUAACGGUUUCCGUUACUUACCUGAUCGCCGUCGUUCCCCCGGCGGCGAUCAGCGUAGCUCCGGUUGUGGGGAGACUGCCUGCAGCCCAGACAGUCUCCCCACACUGAUUUAGGACCCCUGUGGCCAUGUGAUCGCUUAACACAGCGAUCACAUGGUCACAAUAGGUGUCCAUGUGUCUGCCUGCAGGGGGACUGUCUGUGCUGACAGGCAGUCUCCCUGCUAGUGUAAAAUCAGAAAAAAAAUAAAGUUAGUGUUAAUAAAAAAAAUAAUAAUAAUUAUAUAUGUGUAUAUAUGAUAUAUAGACAUAUAUUAUAUCUAUAUAAUAUAUGUCUAUAUAUCAUAUAUAUAAUGUCAUACUAAGUGUAUUUUUAUAUUAAUAUGUACUUAUAUUAAUAUAAAAAUACACUUAUAAUUAAAUUACACACGUAUAUAUAUAAUAUAUAUAAUAACUAUAUAUAUUGUAUAUAUAUAUUAUUAUAAAAUAUAAAUAAUAAGUAAUUUAAAUUAAAUAAAAAUUUUUUUAAAUAAUAAUAAAAAAUUUUAAAAAAAUUAUAUAGCUAUAUGAAAUUUUAUUCUAACUGUAUUUUAAAAUUAAUAUAUAUAUAUUUAUAUCAAAAUACACUUAGAAUGAAUUUGUAUAUAUAUCUAUGUAUAUAUAAAUAAAUAAAAAUAAUACGAAAUAUACAUAUGUUCAUAUACAAAAUUACAUAAAUAAUUAUAUAAAUAUACACGUAGACUUCAAAUAUAUAAAUAUGCAUAUAUAUUUAAAUUCUACGUGCGUAUUUAUGUAAUAUUUUUACAUAAUUCAGUAAUUUUAUUGAUUGCAAUUUGAGGGACCUGCCUGCCAACCGGGCCGAAAUUCCAGAGAAUUUAAUUUGCUAGCACGUAUUUUACCCUGUAACGUUCUACGACACCCUAAAACCUGUACAUAGGAAUUUACUGUUUUACUCGGGAGACUUCGCUGAACACAAAUAUUAGUGAUUCAAAACAGUAAAACAUAUCACAGCGAUGAUAUUGUCAGUGAAAGUUACUUUUUUUGCAUUUUUCACACACAAACAGCACUUUUACUGAUAUAAUUGUUGUGAUACGUUUUCCAGUUUUUAAACACUAAUAUGUGUUCAGCGAUGUCUCCCGAGUAAAACAGUACCCGCCAUGUACAGGUUUUAUAGCAUUUUUGAAAGUUACAAGGUCAAAUACAUGGGUCAAAUAUUUUUACAUUGAAAAUGGCCAGGUUGGUUACGUUGCCUUUGAGAGCGUAUGGUAGCCCAGGAAUGAGAAUUACCCCCAUGAUGGCAUACCAUUUGCAAAAGAAGACAACCCAAGGUAUUGCAAAUGGGGUAUGUCCAGUCUUUUUUAGUAACCACUUGGUCACAAACACUGGCCAAAAUUAGCGUUCAAUUUAGUUUUUUUACUUUUUUCACACACAAACAAAUAUGAAUGCUUACAUUGGCCAGUGUUUUCGACUAAAUGGCUACUAAAAAAGACUGGACAUAACCCAUAUUGAAUACCCUGGGUUGUCUACUUUAAAAAAAAUAUGUACAUGUGGGGUGUUAUUCAGAGAUUUAUGACAGAUAAUAGUGUUACAAUCUCACUAUUGAUAAAUUUAAAAAAUUUAUGUUUUGAAACCGCAAUAUUCUACUUGUACCUAUAGCCUAUAACAUGCAAAAAAAAGCAAAAAAGCAUGUAAACACGGGGUAUUUUUAAACUCAGGACAAAAUUUUGAAUCUAUUUAGCAGUUUUUUUAAUUCGCUUUUGUAGAUGAGUAAAAGAUUUUUCAAGUAAAAGUCAAAAAACAUGUAUUUUUUUCAAUUUUCAUCAUAUUUUUUUAUUUUUUUUAAAUUAAAAUACAUGAGAUUAUAUAAAUAAUGGUAUGUAAAGAAAGCCCCUUUUGUCCUGAAAAAAACAAUAUAUAAUUUGUAUGGGAACAGUAAAUGAGAUGUACAACAUCGCAAAAACAGUCCAGUCCUUAAGGGGUUAAGUGAUUAGCACCCAGACCACUUCAGCUUAAUGAAGUGGUUUGGGUGCUGUGGUCCAGCUAGGGUUAACCCCAUUUUUUAAACAUAGCAGUUUCAGAGAAACUGCUAUGUUAAUUAUUAAUGGGUUAAGCCUUUCCUUAAAGCCUCUAGUGGCUGUCCUAUUGAUCAAGCCAUCAGGCGCUAUGCGUUUCCCACCGAUUUUCACAGUGAGAAAGACGAAGGCCCAUAGAAAGCAUUGUAAAUGCUUUCCUAUGACCGGCUGAAUGCGCCACAAGAAGCUCUUGCGUCACAUAAAGAUUCAGCUGACGGGGCGGAACGGAGGAGGAGAGAAGGAGGAGAGCUCUCCGCCCAGCGCUGGAAAAAGGUAAGUUUAAACCCCUUUCCCCCUUCCAGAGCCAGGCGGGAGGGGGGCCCUGAGGGUGGGGGCACCCUCAGGGCACUAUAGUGCCAGGAAAACGAGUAUGUUUUCCUGGCACUAUAGUGGUCCUUUAAGCACAAAGCCAGAUAGAAAACAAAAUGACAAGUUUGGAUUCUGAGAAUGCUGUUCAGUGUUUGCUAUAGCAGUAACAUGGUACUUGGAUGGCUUUAGGAACAAAUCAAGGCGCUGGAAACUCUUCAGGAUAGACUGGUACACAAAGAUUCACAGCAGAUCUGUUGUGAGCUAAAGCAGCCAGAAACGUGUGCAUGUUUUAUUACAAUAACCGGACAUUUCUCUAGCUGCAAUCCAAUUUUUUACCCUAUUAAUCCAGCUUAUAUGAUAGAUGUUAAAUAUCUUGAUCUAACGCAAUAUCACGCUAGUACAAUCUAUUUACAUGUGUCCUGAGCAGAAUGUGCUUUCCAUGCGAUUCAUUAUGUAAACAUCCACUAUGGAUAACCCCCACUUUCAUCUUUUAGGUUCUGUUAAAAUGUCGUUAUUUUACCCUGUAUGGUAAUAUUUGCCAUGUUUUGUUUUUGCAGGUAUUCCUGACGGAAUAUGCAGGACCACUUAUUAUAUACUUACUCUUCUAUUUCCGCGUCCCUUUUAUUUAUGGACCCAAAUAUGACUUCAUCACAAGCCGGCAUUCUGUAGUACAGUGAGUAUUCUUAGUCUCUGUCCUGUGCGUGUGUGAACUCUAUCUGCUAUUUGCUGCAUUUUAGGAAUAAGUUGUGUUUUCAUUUAAAAAAAAAAAAAACAUAAAGAGGAAUAUUUCUUUAAUUUAGCACAUUUGACUUUAGUCAUUCAGUGUACCCGUGAUCCAGUUUAUUUGAAUAUUAUACCUCUGGACACACACUGCCCAGUCCAUGAAUCAAUACUAAUCCCCUUUAGUGCAGAAGUUAUACAUUGCAUAACUAUAUACAAACCUUUCACCCUUGGACACCUGUAAGCUUCACAUAACUAUUUUACUAUAUAUUCAGUGUCUCCAUCUUGGGAUAUUUAGUUAGUGUUUCCUUGAAUGUGACCGCGAUGAACAUGUAAUAUUUCAUAUCUUAAUAUAUUGCAGCCUGGCCUGUAUAUGUCACUCGUUUCACUACGUUAAACGUAUCCUGGAAACCCUAUUUGUUCAUCGCUUCUCUCAUGGUACAAUGCCGCUAAGGAACAUAUUUAAGGUAAGUGCACUGUGUUUGCAUUUACUAUGAAAUCCUCCAAUAGAAAUUUGUUUACACUGGGGAUCAAAAAUCAGAUAUAAAGAAAAAAUACUGGAUAUAAUUAAUCUCACACACCCUGCAAUACCAUUUUUAUAAAGUAACUAUUGCAUUUUUUUUUUUUUAAGUACUUCAGUGUACUCUGUGUUGCACAUCUUGACUUUAAACACCUGUCAUUUCUAAUUUUGAAACAUAAGGAUGGAAUCCACCUUUCCCCCGCCCCCCCCCCCCUUUAAUUUAAAUCUUUUUCCCCUUCUUGUUACCCCAUAAUAUAACUGUUAAGUUUCUAUUUUAUUCCAAUAUUGUAAUCUAUAAAAACCUGUUAAUAAAAACAAAUUGAACAAAAAAAUAAAGUUCGGAUUUGUGGAGUUUCUGAAUUAUAAUGUUGAGAAACAAAUGGAUGUGUUCUAUCAGGAUAAGAUAUUUUAGUUAUAGUACUAUAGUACUUUCAUUAGCACCAGAAAGACAAAAUGUUUGUGUGUGUGUGUUCUUGUUUUGUUUUUCCCAAAACAAAGGUGUGAAAUAGCCUUUAAAAGUCAGUAAGGACUGGUAUAGUAUGCAGAUGGCAUAAAUAUCUAUCCAUGAGCUAAGAGGUUCGGUUUAUAGCUAUGAUAAUAAAUCACUGCAGCUAUAAAUAACAGAGUACGUUGACAAGGGGACUUUCUUUCACCAUAACUUUUGUAAACAGCAUAGGUGAUUAUGAUGGUUUGAGAAUAUCUAAUAAGGGCAGGGUAUUAAAAUCCUGAUGGAUGGUUGCUGCACGUUUUUGCAAUAAAAUAGAUAAUGCUUUAAUGCUGCAUAAUGAUGCUGUGUGGGGUGUUAGCAUUUUUUUGCAAAGUCCCACCAGGUGACAUGUCUGCUUAUAUGGAGGAGACCACGGUGAUCAGUAUAUUUUAAAGGAACACUAUAGUCUAAAUUACUUUAGUUAAAUAAAGCAGUUUUAGUGUAUAGAUAAUUCCCCUGCAAUUUCACUGCUCAAUUCACUGUCAUUUAGGAGUUAAAUCACUUUGUUUCUGUUUAUGCAGCCCUAGCCACACCUACCCUGCUUAUGAUUGACAGAGCCUGCAUGGAAAAAAAAACUGGUUUCACUUUCAAACAGAUGUAAUUUACCUUAAAUAAUUGUAUCUCAAUCUCUAAAUUGAACUUUAAUCACAUACAGGAGGCUCUUGCAGGGUCUAGGAAGCUAUUAACAUGGCAGGGGAUAAGAAAAUCUUAAUUAAACAGAACUUGCAAGAAAGCCUAAAUAAGGCUCUCUUUACAGGAAGUGUUUAUGGAAGGCUGUGCAAGUCACAUGCAGGGAGGUGUGACUAGGGUUCAUAAACAAAGGGAUUUAACUCCUAAAUGGCAGAGGAUUGAGCAGUGAGGCUGCAGGGGCAUGUUAUAUAAACCAAAACUGCUUCAUUAAGCUAAAGUUGUUCAGGUGACUAUAGUGUCCUUUUUAAAGGAGAAUAUAUGAAGUUGUCUCUUAAUGCCACCAUACUUAUUCUACUCCUCACAACAUCAUCUGCCAUGACCCAUCUUCGCUUCUGUUCUAAACUGGGUCUAGGGAGCAAAACGACAAUCUCCAAUGGAUAAUCUUGCAAUAAAGCAUCACAGGCCUCUAUUUUGCAUUGUGCAAGAAGAGGUCUGUUUCAAGUUUUGUUGUCAUGACCUUCUGCUGCAGAAACUCUGCAUUUUGCCACAUUUUGACAAUUACAUUAGAUCUACAUCUUCAAUUUAAGUUGGAAUAUCAAAGAAAUGUCAAAAUCAAUGAAAAUCUAUGGGGUGGUAUUCUCAGAUGCUGAGACUGGCUGUAUUGUUAAAUAAUAGAACUGUAUAUGCUGCUCAAGAUUUAUUUUUUUAUUUCCUCCCAGAACUGCAUGUAUUACUGGGGAUUUGCUGCUUGGAUGGCUUAUUACAUUAACCAUCCUCUCUAUACUCCUCCAGGUGAGUCUGUAUAUUUUUAGAUUUCCUGUUUGUGUGUGUGUGUGUGUAUAUAUACAUGCAUAUAUAAUUUCGCAAUCAUAGUUUUGUGCAUGAAGAGUGCAGUACACAGUGAUACUGAAGAGUGGAGAGAGGUAAAUGGAAAUAAAUGCUGAAAAAGGAGCUACGUGACAUGAAAUACAAAACCACCUCAGAACAACUCCAAGGAUAUCUGCUGUCCCUCAAUCUUAAUCUGAAACCUUUAUGAUCAGUAAUAUGUGCAGUAGUGAACGUCUUAAAGUUCCUACCCAUAUGGCUUCUAAUACAGAUAACCUGGGCAUCUCACAUUUACAGCAAGCUAGAAUCGGCACACACUAUACGCAGUUUUCCUUGGUCUUGGAUCUUCUGCAUGGAUAGGAAAGGGAAGUUGUGCCCAUAAAAGUGAAUUGUUCAACUGAAAACCUAUGAUCCUUUUUCUGAAAUAGACUAGAUUUCCUAUUUUAGGGUUUGAACUACAUGUAACAAUCCCCAUGUCUUAGAGGGUUGUCCCCUUGAAAUCCUGACAAGAAGCAGCAAACCUGAAAACCUUGAAGGUUCCAGGGGACACGCAGCUACCGUUUGUUAAAUGCCUUGCAUGCUGAGAGUGGAGUUUAUUGAUUACUAUAGAGUUAAUAAAGAUUUCUCUCUCUCUCUCUGGUAGUGUUUGGCGAGAAGCAAGUGAGGAUGGCCGUCAUUAUUUUCUUGGUAAGAUAUGUCAACACUAGGAAAAUUCUGUACCUCAAAGAUGGAACAUGUGUGGAUUUCUGCAUCAUUAAAACAAGUAUUGACACCCAUUUGGAACAAGAGACCUUGUAGCUGCAGUUCACAUGAAACUAUGCCAGCUUACUGUGACCACCCACAUGUAGUACAUUGAGUGAUGACUGUCACACCAAGGAUGCAUAAAUCAUUGUUGCACUAUAGAAUAUUGCCAUUUUAUGUAGUGCAUAUAUGAAUUGGCACAGGUCGGAUGACAGAAGGGGUAAUGUAAAUUGCAUAGGGAUGUGAAAGGGGUCAAAUGUUUUACCAUAUGGAUUUAUUCUUUUAAUAAUCAGAGGCUCUGCAAGGUGUGAGAAGUCUUGUGUUCCAGUAUCAUAUCCAAAAGAAACUUUAAUACUUACCCACAGUUUAAUAAUUAAGCCAAAUUUUAUUAUAUUUAGAAUGGGACAAGCACAGUCUUCUAAUCAAGCCAAAACAUGAUUUGUGUAACUUAACCAUAGGGGAAGGGAUUGUAAUGUCUGCUAUAUUGGGUCACAAGUAAGAAAAAUGGUAACAAAUUAAUAUAUGCAAUUAUAAUUUCUGUGGCUAGUACAUAAGAGGAGAUAGAACCAAAUGUUUCCACUUGGAUUGAUGUUGGUCUGGAACACAAGGGGGGGUCACUUAUAGGUACGCCUUAUCUCCACCUCUGGGCGAGGCUUAAUAAUCCACAGGGUAUAUAUCUAAUGAUUCUGAAGUGUGUAUUGUACUUGCUUGGGGCCAAAAUCUGAUUUUUGAGUAAGUCGCCAGAUCCCCUGGGCAGAAAUUUUUAUUUUGAAAACCUGAGUAAGUGAUUAGGACUUCUGCUACUUUAUCCCUUUGUUUUUAUCUGUUGGUGUAAAUAACUUGUUUAUCAUCUAUUAUUUAUUUUUUUUCUUUGUAUGCUCUGUGACUUUUUUUUUUUUUUUGCUCAUAAUAAAUAUUCCUUUAUUAAGUUCUGCCUUUGUCUGGUAAAGAAUCACGUUACCUGAAGAGACUGAGUGUUUUGCAAUUGCAUAGGUAUUGUGCAAGUUGUAUUUGGUGGGUUUUAUUAGGUUACCUGGGGGACCAAGGCACCCCAUUUUAUAAAUUGUCUUGGUGGUGGCAGCGUUAAAAUAGUAAUAUUUAUAUCAUUAUGGUUGUGUGGGUGGUAUUAAGGUGGACUUUUAUCAUUCUUUCCGGUUCAGUGCAGACAAAUAGUGAACUUUAACCCUUUCACCACCACAACUACAUCACGCACACUCUUGAAGUAGGGUGCGUUCGUGACAAUGACCAUCUAUCAUAAAUUGUCUUUGAGGAAAUGUCCAGAUAAAAUUCAAGAGUGCAAUAUUUGUACAAUUAGAACCGUUUCUAUGAUCUAUAACUUUUAUUUUUCUUUCAGUUUUGUCAGCUGGGUAACUUUUCUAUACACAUCGCGCUAAGGAACCUGCGACCAGCAGGUGAGUGUGUCUGUCCCCCUGGGAAAUUUUGUCUUUUUGACAAAUUUCACCUUUUAUAGAAUAACUUACUCAUGCUGUCUACUUUCUUUUUCCCCCCCGCAACCUGCCAGGAUCUAAAACACGCAAGAUUCCUUUCCCAACGCGUAACCCGUUUACCUGGCUGUUUCUGCUUGUUUCUUGUCCUAACUACACAUAUGAGGUAAUGUCUUUGGAGGUUUAAUGGGUAUUCGUUAAGGGUUACAUUUUGAGAUUUACACGUUGUCCUCUGUUUCAGGUUGGCUCUUGGAUUGGAUUUUCUAUCAUGACCCAGUGUGUUCCUGGUAAGUGUCUCCUCUAACUCCCCAACAUCUCUAUCUGCAGUAUAAUCUCUACCUGAUUGUCAGGUAAGGGUGGGGCAUAUCUAGUGAAAAAUCUAUACGUAUUUUAGCAAUUCAACUUGUACAAAUUAUAACACCUAAUCUAGGCAAAAAAUAAUGGGGAUUUAGUUACAUUUAUAUGAUCAUACAUUGCAUAAGCCUGCCACAAAGUCAAUGUACCCUAUCUUUGGCAGGUCCUACUCUCACAGUCUGUCUACUCUUAUAUGAAUAACCCACUUACUUGGGGAAAAAAAUCGAUCUGGGGCUCUCUGCAGUACAAGGCUAAAUAGGGACCUGAGAUGAGGCACCUGCAACAGGGAGGGGUGCAAAACCAAGGAGUUGGCUAGACUGCCAAAUUAUUUAUAUUUAUUUAUAUAUCUAGCUGUGGCAGGCUUAUGCAAUGUAUGAUCAUAUAAUGUAACUAAAUCCCCAUUAUUUUUUUGCCUAGGUUAGGUUUUUUUUGGUUUUUUUUUUUAAAACCUUUAGAAAACUUAAAAGACUAUAAUCUGUCAACAUUGAAGUUGCUGUUUAGUAGAUAGGAGAGUGCGCUGGAUUUUGUGUAUUGUUUAUUGUACAAAUUAUAAGUUACAUUUUACUACUUUAGUUUAAAAUGUGUGGACCAUGAUAGGUAUGUGAUUACAUAAUCCACAAGCCUUUUCCGUGUCACUAGAAAGAAUUAAUCUGUGGGGGGGGGUUUUGGGGGGGAGAGGUGGGGGGUUUCAUUUAGUUUGCUUUUCAAACUUUUUUUUGGAAUACUUAGUGUUUUUAAAUGGUGAAACCGAAACCUCCAACUCGCAGCAGAAUAGCACGGAAACAUAACCAUAAUAUUGAUAGAAAUAAGAGUAUAUUCUGCAUAUCACAGUCUGUAUAGCUAGCUUCACAAGCUUCCCAGAAAGUUAAAAGGAUACUGUAGGAACUUUAACAACCUUAUUUUAUUGAAAUUGUUAUAGUGCCUUCAGUCGUGCGCCCCCUGCUGACGUUAUUUUGGUUACUAAGACAGAAAAACCACGUGUUAGAGGGAUUAAAAAAAAUGGGAUAGCAUUUGUACAAUCACCAUAAACCACAAUAAAAGAGAUACUGAUAAUAAAAUAGAAAGGCAUCACUUAAUGGUGUUUUGUUGACAAUAUUGGAAAGGUGAAAAAUUAAAUUCUAACAAAGCUAUAUUUUGUUUUUAAUUAUGUAAUGUGUUAUAUAUAUUGCUAAGAAAAAGAUUGUGGCAAGAUUUUUAACCUGGGGUGGAAAAGAAAUUCACUUUAGCAUAAUGAUGCGUAGAUGAAUCCAUGAUUGUCUAGCACAAUAGAAGUCAAAAUAUUCUAUUCUGUAUAUAGUAUUCUCUGUCCAUAGUAUUGGUGGGGAAGAAAAAAUUGUGAAUUAUGCAGGUUCCAAACAGACAUGAACAUAUGAGAAGCGCUUCCAUUCCUUAAUUGGGAAGCACUUCAUGUACACAUGUCCAGUGCUUCUCCUGUUGGUUUCCACGGGAGACCACACAUUGACUGUAACUUGAAGUGUUGGUCACUGUACGUGGAUAACAGCCGUGAUUAAAUCUGCACAAUAAAUAUUUGCAGAGGUGUGUGUUUUCUUUUUGUAAUACAUAUAAAUAUGCAUUCUAAUCACUUGUGACCUGGCACCUUUUAUGUCCAGUUACUUUGAGAGGAGUCAUUGGAGUGGAGCCCAGUUAAACUCACAUGUAGUAUUUCUAGAAUUCCUGGAGAUUAGAUCAUAUCUGAACUAUAGAAAGUAAUGCACAGAGAUGUCUUCAAAUUUUCUGCUUAUUCAAGUAGCAGACAUCUGAACACAAUUCCAUCGCUAUUUAAUGUAUAUAUCCACAGAUAUAAUGGGCAUUGCAAGUAUUUCUCAAUGACCCCAUUUAGCAAUAUUUUAACGCAAAGGUAUUAUAGUGCAAUUCAUGUAAACUACCAAUCAAUAUCCAAUGUAACAAAGUCAUUAAUAUACAUCUGCACGGAUCAGAGAGUAUAAGAGGGAGAGUAAUUUAGGAACGUGUUAUCUUAUCCAAAUUUGGCAAUGUUAAAUGAAUAAUUAAAUUAGUAAAGCCCAUGUGGGUAUUGGUUUAAGUUUGUCUUUAGAUCCCCAAUAUAUACUUAUUGCAGUUUCUCUCCCCAUCGGGCUAUGCCGGCAGAGGAGCUGGGGACAGAGAAUGAUGUGUUUUUUUUUUUUGUUUGUUUGUUUGUUUGUUUGUUUUAACGAAUAUUAGCUGCUGCCUGAGUGUGCAACUCCCACUAAUCUCAGGCAGACCAGGACAUGUGUUCUGGCUCUGUCUUGCAUUUAAGGGACCACCCCUGCCAUCUAGGGUUUGAAAACAUGAACCGAUUAUUUAAUCUACUGAUACACCAUAUUCAGACCUUUCAUUCAGAAAAAGUAAGGUAAAAAUAGUAAAUAAGUUAUCACUCCUCCAAAAGGUGGGGAGGAAAUCAGAACCCCAUUAAUGAAAUCUAGAACAUUGAAUGCAAUUGCCCUGAUGUGUAGAUACACACAAAUAUCAUUAUGUAAACAUUCAGAUACUGCAUACAGCAUUCACACAACUAUGGAAAAAAGUGAUAUUGUCAGAGAGAAACUGUUACACCGUCCCAUUACACUGUAUAUGGUUCUGUUUGUCGAUUUAUUCCAAAACAAAACUCUUUCAAUUCUUAUUCAAAUAACUUUGUUUGGGAAAAUAAAUGUAAAUUGUUACUUUAAAAAAAAAAAAAAGUGAAAACAGCUUGUCUAGUGAAAAUAUAAAAAAAAAAAAAAAAGGGUUUUUGUUUCGGGCAACUCAACAUAUUUACGGACGAACGGAAUUUAUGCACAAGUCUACAUGGAAACAUCCUUAUUUUUGGUCCACGUGGAAGUAGUAUCCUUAACUACAUUUUGGUGGGGUGAUGAAACCAUGGUUUUGUUUUACACGGAUUGUCACAUAGUGGUGUAUUUCCUAGAAAAUGAAUUGGAGUAAUGGGAAACCUGAACUGCAAUAUGUAGGCAAGGUAUGGAUUUGGAAAAUAAUUUCAACUGCACUUUAGUUACUGGAUUGCUGUAAAAGUUUGAAAUGCGGGUUUCCAUCCGCUGUAAUACAGUAUUUAGUAAAUAAACUUCAUAAAGUGGGAAAAAAAUAGUUUUUAAACAUUUAAGUUUAUUAUCCUGUUAAUCGCAUCAGAAUCAAAGGUAGAAGAGAUAGAAAACACACAACUUUUUUGAUCAAAAUUUUUUUUGGCAUCCCUAAAAUAAAAUGGCAUAAUAGCCAGCAGUGUAAUGUGUGCUAAAGUACAUUGUGCCCAGAGACAAAUAGAACUUGGCUUCAAUUUUAGUGCCUUAACAUAUCUAACGUGACACUAACUGGUAUUGUUAGUAUGUAUUGCCAACAUAUUCUGCAUUACUCCUCUGUGGAUGGAAUACAGUCGUACAAUAUACACAGACCAAUAAUGAUCCAUCAAUUACAGUAUUGUUAUACAAAGUGAUGGGUAAGAUUUGUGAGCUUACAAUCUAUAAGUAAUAAUUGGGGCGUUGAAACUAUUGCAGUAUUAUGCUUUGAUCAAAUAUUAUGUGGGAAAUUGGUGAAUAAUGUCUUGUAUAAUUACAUGCAGUAUAUCUGGUUUAUUGGCUGUGUUACAAUACCAAUUCUAGUGUUUUUCAUGGAACACACAACCACCUAGUAAUGUAACAUAAUAUGAUAUGACUCUUUUCUUAUUCCAGUUGCUCUAUUCACCUUGGUUGGAUUCAUCCAAAUGACAAUUUGGGCCAAAGGAAAACAUCGCAGCUACUUAAAGGAGUUCCGAGACUACCCUCCCGUGCGUUCACCCAUUGUCCCAUUCCUACUGUAAUCUAUAAUCUUCCCGUUAGUUCUCUUAUAAAUCCCCCUUGCUCUUUGAACUGCCCGUUCAUUUAAAUUUUAAUUGUCAACAAAACCAUUUGGACUCUAACCUUGUAUGCACUGACACUAAACUCCUGCACUGACCUAUUACCAAGUUUCCCCUGCCCUGUCCUCUUUUCGUCCAUAAAUGGAAUAAAUUUGUCCUAACAUCUUGUGUCCUUUGUGUGUGACAUCCACCAUCACCACUUUGGAAAGCAAG